GCUCCUGUGUGCGCGUGCUGCUGCUGCUGCCAGUUCCGUGUCGGCCGCGAGUUUACCAGCCACGCACUGCCUGCACGCGCUCCAUCCACCGCCGGGCUGCCGCGAUGUGACUCUCUCCGUCUCUCACAAACCCCCUUCUACAGUCUCCAUUACCGGCCCGGCGCAGUGAGGCGAGGGGAUUCGUAACGAGUCACUCUCUCAACAAUAAUGUCUUCAAAUCGGAGUUAUAACUGCCUCAAAAAGGAGGCGAUAAUGAAAUCGCUGACGCACAGGCAGCGCUGUGACUCCAGCUUGUGAUCUCCUGACCUCUGUGGACCCUUGAGUCGAGAUGGCGACCCACCGAAAGCAUCUGGUCCGAGAUUUCAACAGAUACAUCACCUGCUCCAUUUGCCGUGGGUACUUGAUCAAGCCCACAGCUGUCACAGAAUGCCUGCACACCUUUUGUAAGAGUUGUAUCGUUCAGCAUUUUGAGGAGAGUAAUGAGUGUCCAGAAUGUGGGAUACAAGUCCAUGAAACAAACCCUUUAGAGAUGCUGAGGCUAGAUAAGACCCUAGAGGAGAUCAUCUUCAAACUGGUGCCUGGACUAAGAGAGAAGGAGGAACAACAGGAAAGUGAGUUUUGGAGAAAACACAAGAUCAAAUCAAAUGGAGAAGAUGGUCCUAGAGCUAAGAAAUCUCGACUGAGUGGUGAAGAUGAUGAUGAUGGGAAUAGUGGAGACUUCCACAGGAGUGAUCCUCAGAUCGCUAUUUGUCUGGACUGUCUAAGAAACAAUGGCCAGUCAGGAGAAAGCAUAGUUAAGGGUUUAAUGAAGAAAUUCAUUCGCUGCUCCACCCGUGUUACAGUGGGAACCAUUAAGAAGUUCCUCUGUGUAAAAUUGAAGCUGCCAAGCUCUUAUGAGCUUGAUGUUUUGUGUAACGGUGAGAUUAUGGGUAAAGAUCACACCCUGGAGUUCAUCUACCGCACUCGCUGGAGACUUCAGGGGGACAGUGCUUAUCCCAUGGUUCUCGAGUACCGUCCAAGGAUCGACUUUGGCUAAACCGCACUUACAGCAGAAAUCUCAUGCAGACUGAUGUCAAGAGAUGAACGAAAUGCAGAAAAACCGAAUGAUUGUGCCUCCAUUGAAAGACAACAACACAAUGCCCAGUGACUGACAGGACUGCUCUGUUCCUUCUGUGCACUCAGCCUUUACUUCUCCAUUCCUCCCUCCUUCAUGCACCCGUCUGACAGUCGUGGCUCCACCCACUGGCUCUGGAUCAAGUUUGACGAUUAUAUUCCUCCAAAGCUUUCUCUGCAUGUUCUCUCUAUGACGACGCCUUAGCAUAGAGCGGCCCGUUGGGAUUAUCUGAUAGCAAUCUAGCACAGACGGUAAGCUAAAACUCAUAGCAAAGAUGCGUCCCGGCCAGGUGAGAGGAGAAGAGGGGAAAUGGAGACGUUUUUUUAGGUAGAUUUUAGAUUAGAGCCGUUUUAAUCCAAGAGUUUGCACUAUAGAGGCAAAUCCAAAUGUCUCGCUGUAUUGUGGCUGUUCUGUCUUACCUUUGCACUCUCUCAUUUCCUUUUAGUUACUUUCCUCUCCUGAUCUCACCGCCCACAUUGUCCCUCAUAAAUUCAGUCACUCUUUUUCAA